ACGGGCCUUUUCGAGCUCAGCCAAAGAGAAUGCUGCGUCUACAGUGCUGAAGGGUUCUUAGUGCGGGGGGCUGUGAUUGGCUGGGAGCGCUCCGGUGCAAUGGCGGCAGUGGGGCUGUGUGGAGGCGAUUUCUCGGACCUGCGGGAGAUCAAGAAGCAGCUGCUGUGCGUGGCGGAGCGGAGCCGCGAGCGAGGGCUGCAGCACAGCGGCAAGGCCUCCGAACUCGCCUUUGCAUUGGAUCCUCUGCCGUUGAGCGAACUGCCGCCGCCGCCUGCGCUCACAGAGGAGGAUGCUCGUGAUCUGGAUGCCUACACAUUAGCCAAGUCUUACUUUGACCUAAAGGAAUAUGACAGGGCUGCCUAUUUUCUACGGGGAUGCAAGAGUCAGAAAGCUUACUUCUUGUAUAUGUAUUCUAGAUACCUGUCAGGGGAAAAGAAGAAGGAUGAUGAGACAGUGGAUAGUUUGGGACCUCUGGAAAAAGGACAGGUGAAAAAUGAAGCUCUACGAGAAUUGCGAGUUGAGCUUAGUAAGAAACACAAGGCACGGGAAUUGGAUGGAUUUGGCCUUUAUUUGUACGGUGUCGUGCUGCGGAAGCUGGACCUGGGGAAAGAAGCCAUAGAUGUGUUCGUUGAAGCUACCCAUGUCUUACCUUUGCACUGGGGAGCCUGGCUGGAACUUUGCAACUUGAUUACAGAUAAAGAGAUGUUGAAGUUCCUGUCGUUGCCAGAUACAUGGAUGAAAGAGUUCUUUCUUGCACACAUUUAUACAGAGCUGCAGCUGAUAGAGGAGGCUCUGCAGAAGUACCAGAGUCUCAUUGAUGCAGGAUUUUCCAAAAGCACUUACAUAAUCUCUCAGAUUGCAGUUGCCUACCACAAUAUCCGAGAUAUUGACAAAGCUUUAUCCAUCUUUAACGAGCUAAGGAAACAAGAUCCUUACAGGAUAGAAAACAUGGACACUUUCUCCAACUUGCUAUAUGUAAGGAGCAUGAAGCCUGAGUUGAGCUAUCUGGCGCACAAUCUCUGUGAGAUAGACAAGUAUCGUGUGGAGACCUGCUGCGUAAUUGGAAAUUAUUACAGUUUGCGUUCCCAGCAUGAAAAAGCAGCCCUCUAUUUCCAGAGGGCCUUGAAACUGAAUCCUCGUUACCUGGGAGCAUGGACACUUAUGGGACAUGAGUAUAUGGAAAUGAAGAACACAUCUGCAGCUAUCCAGGCUUAUAGACAUGCAAUAGAGGUGAACAAAAGGGACUACAGAGCAUGGUAUGGCUUGGGGCAAACCUAUGAAAUCCUGAAAAUGCCAUUUUACUGUCUUUAUUACUACCGACGGGCCCACCAGCUUAGACCAAAUGAUUCUCGUAUGCUGGUUGCUCUAGGAGAAUGCUAUGAGAAACUCAAUCAGUUGGUGGAAGCUAAAAAGUGCUAUUGGAGAGCUUAUGCUGUAGGAGAUGUGGAGAAAAUGGCACUGGUGAAACUAGCAAAGCUGCAUGAACAGUUGAAUGAAUCUGAACAAGCAGCUCAAUGCUAUAUCAAAUACAUCCAGGAUAUCUAUUCCUGUGGGGAGAUAGUGGAACACCUGGAGGUCAGCACUGCCUUCCGUUACCUGGCCCAGUACUACUUCAAGUGUAAGCUCUGGGAUGAAGCCUCUGCUUGUGCUCAGAAGUGCUGUGCAUUCAAUGAUACUAGAGAAGAAGGGAAGGCCCUGCUGCGGCAGAUCUUACAGCUCCGAAACCAGGGAGAAAUGUCAUCCACAGACAUUGCUGCUCCUUUUUUCCUCCCUGCGUCCCUGUCAGCAAACAACACUCCCACACGUCGUGUUUCUCCACUCAAUCUGUCUUCUGUAACACCAUGAUCAAUGCUGAUACUUCUGUGUGUUGAAUGAGACGUUACAGAUUUCUUUCUAGUGAAACUCGGACGUUCAUUGUUGCCAUGAAGGUGAGGAGUUACUAGAGCUCACAGCUGAAGAUGGAUGUGCCCCACCAGGCAAAGGUGCAGCCUAUGUGAAAAGUGCCUGUGCUGAGACAUGAGAACUGCUGUGCUUCUCACCUCAUCAUUCCAGUCAGAUGGCAGAAUGUUCCAGUAUGCAGGACCACUCCUAACUGAGGGACCAGAAAAAGCUUGUCUGCUUGAGUUAAAAUGUAUUUGAAGUUUGGUUCUGCUGUGUUACCUCUAUAGUCUUUACUGAACUUCUCUGGAUGACCUCUUGGUGGUAUCAUUGCCAUCGCUGUAGGAAACUGUUGCCUGCCUACUUAACGACUUUCAAUUGUCUUGAACUACACAGAUGUUCCACUGAAGCAGUAGAUAUGGGCGCUUAGGUAUAGUGCCAUGUCCAUGUGUCAGUACUGACAGAUGUCAGAGGAAUUCCAAGUAGCUGUAGGUGACAGCUGUUUGUCUUUCUGUCUGUGGAUCUGACCUACUUUGGCUUUCAGUAGAAAAGCAGCCACUGGGGUAACACAAUUAAAAACUAAUGGUUAAGUUACUGUC